GAUAAGCCAUAGACGUAUAAACAGAGUUCCCAACCAGAAGCUUCUCUGGAACAAUGGCUUCCUCUGCUACCACUUCUACUCUCACUUUCUCCUCUUCACUUCUUCACCAGGAACUUAGUCCCUGCACCCACCCUCUCUCCUGCAAGCCUCUCUUCUUCUCCCCCAACAAGACUUUCUCUUUCAACCCUCUCAUCCUUCAUUGCCGAGACAGAAAGCCCUCUCUUUUCAACUCCGCAGAAAAUGGGCAUUCCUCAAAGUCAAUCGCUGCGGCCGCCGCUGCUGUCGCCGCGGAAGCUGAGGUUUCUGAGGAUGUGGAAGAGCUAGACGGGGAAGAGUCUGCCGCCGCCGCCGCCGUUUCAACCGCUCCCACGAAGCCCAAGAAAGGCAAGGCCGCGUUGCCUCUAAAGAGGGAUAGGACAAGGUCUAAGAGAUUCUUGGAGAUUCAGAAGUUGAGGGAGAAUAAGAAAGAGUAUGACUUGAAAACAGCUAUAACACUGCUCAAGCAAACAGCACGCACAAAGUUUGUGGAAACAGCUGAAGCCCAUUUUCGGUUAAAUAUUGACCCAAAAUAUAAUGACCAACAGCUGAGGGCGACUGUAAAUUUGCCCAAGGGAACGGGCCAGACUAUUAAAGUGGCUGUACUUACCCAAGGUGAGAAGUUCGAUGAAGCACAAAAUGCUGGAGCUGAUCUGGUUGGUGGAGAGGAAUUGAUCGAACAAAUAAAAGGAGGAUUUAUGGAUUUUGAUAAACUAAUUGCAACACCAGAUAUGAUGCCUAAGGUUGCCAGUUUAGGAAGAAUCUUGGGGCCUCGGGGACUCAUGCCAAAUCCAAAAGCGGGUACAGUUACAACAAAUAUACCUCAGGCCAUACAGGAAUUUAAGAAGGGGAAAGUUGAAUACCGUGCAGAUAAAACUGGGAUUGUCCACAUACCAUUUGGGAAAAUAGGUUUCUCAGAUGAGGAUCUUCUUGAAAACUUCCUCGCAGUUGUGAAAUCAGUAGAAACAAACAAGCCAUCCGGCGCAAAAGGAGUGUACUGGAAAACCGCUCACGUGUGUUCAUCAAUGGGGCCUUCCAUUCGGUUAAAUGUAAAGGAGAUGCUCGAUUUCAAGUCUCCGACAACUGCUUAGUUAACAAUCACGUGUAAAUUGUAUCUUGUGCCAUUGGAAAUGCUCUGUUGGGCGCCUAUAUGAGCUUCUUACUUGGCAAAGAGGGUGCAAUAUGAGGAGGGAAAUGAAGGAAAUUCUUAACUUCCCUUUUUGUUUCCAGAAGCUUGGGUUUUUGCCCAACCUACAUGCCCUUCCUUGUAUGUUUGCUGUGUUUAAUGUCAUCAAAUUUAACUCAUCAUAACCUUCCUAGUUUCAGUUAAAGGCAACUUUUUCUUUCCAUGAAAUUGGGGUGUAUCCAUCCAUAUGUUCUUUA